AUGGCUUUGAUCAAGCUCCCAAAGAUCUACAACACCUACUUUGUGGCCUUUAUAGCCACGGUGGGUGGGAUGUUGUUUGGUUUUGAUAUCUCCUCGAUGUCAGCGAUCAUUGGAACAAAACAGUACAAUGACUUCUUCGAUAAACCCGCAGGCAUUACUCAGGGCGCAAUUGGUUCUGCGUUGGCAGCUGGUUCGGUGGUGGGAUCCAUUAUUGCAGGCCCUGUGUCGAACAAAAUUGGAAGAAGAGAUUCAAUCAUGUUUGCCUGCCUUUGGUGGCUUUGUGGCACAGCUGUACAGACCGGAACUUCGGGAAUCGGCUCUCUUAUUGCCGGUCGAGUUUUGAACGGUGUCACCGUGGGCAUUACCAGUUCGCAAGUGCCUGUCUAUCUCGCAGAGAUAAGUCGAAAGGAAAAGCGCGGCGCCAUCAUCAUCAUCCAGCAACUUGCUAUUGAAUGGGGUAUCUUGAUCAUGUACUUCAUCGGAUACGGUUGCAGCUUUAUCGACGGGGCAGCGAGCUUCCGAACGGCUUGGGGAAUCCAGUUUGUGCCUUGCGUCUUCCUGAUGUGUGGACUGCCGUUCCUGCCUCGUUCUCCCCGUUGGCUGGCAAAAGUCGACAGAGUUGAUGAAGCCAUCAGAACACUUGCCAAAAUCCAAGCCAAUGGAGAUAUCAGCGACCCCCUCGUCGUCGCCGAAUGGGAGGAAAUCACCACAACACUUGCUGCAGAACGGCUGGCCCCCAAGGGCUGGCGUAAGUUCGUACUCAACGGCAUGUGGAAACGGACUCUCGCUGGCUUUACCGUUCAAAUGUGGCAACAAAACAGUGGCGCAAAUUUCAGGCUAACGUCAAUUGGCAGGGCCGGUCUCACUGGAAAUAUCAACCUGAUUGCUUCCGGUGUGCAGUACGCACUGUUCAUCGUCUUCACAACCAUUAUGUUCUUCUACAUCGACAAGAUUGGGCGCAGACCGUUGCUCACCUACGGUGCCCUCGCCAUGGGUGCUUGCCACUUUGUGGUGGGUGGUAUAUUGUCUGCUGGAGAGAGCGUCCCUGGUGGCGUUGGCGGGAAUCCAAACGUGGUUAUAAAAGUCACGGGAUCAAAGGCUAACGCAGUGAUCGCAUUUUCGUACCUCUUGAUUAUCAUCUAUGCGCUGACCCUCGCGCCUGUCUGUUGGGUAUAUGCGGCCGAGGUCUGGAGUUUGGAAACUCGUGCAACCGGAAUGGGUAUUGCGGCUCUGGGAAAUUGGCUGUUCAACUUCGCCCUCGGUCUAUACAUUCCUCCUGGAUUCCAAAAUAUCAAGUGGGGCUUGUUCAUUGUCUUCGGCUGUUUGUGUGUUCUCGGCGCGAUCCAAUUCUACUUUACCUAUCCCGAGACAUGCAACAAGUCGCUGGAGGAGAUCGAGGAGAUGUUCUCCCAUGGUGGGCCCAAGCCAUGGCAUACUAAGCCAGGUCAAUCCAGACUUGACAGGAUGGUGGAGACAGCACGCGAAAAGCACUAUACCGUGGAAGAUGUCAAACGAGACUUAAGAGCUGGUUCGAUUGAUCAUGGCGGUCACAUCGAAAUUGCAGGAGAGAAAAAUGAAGAGCAGCACGUUAAGGUGUGA